CAAACAUUAAAUACGAUCCCAUCACGACAUUGUACUCUUAUUAAAAAUUGAAAAAUGAAUAAUAGCGGUUGUAAAUUUCUGCCGGCAGAAAAUGCAAUCAUAAUUCGUAAACAGUAAUAAUUUAUUUAUAAAUUUAAUUUAUUGCUUUAUUAUUACCUACGAUCUAAGAUAGUUUGGUGAAAAAAUAUUUGUGUUAGUUAUAGUGAAAUAUGUGAUGUGAUAAGUGGCUGGAUGUUGGCUCUUAACGUAUAUACAACUUUAUUGCAUCCGCAUCUCCCAAAAAGAAAAAUCAACCCCAAUAAUCCUAAAUCAUCCCCUCAUCAUCCCAAAGUGCAGACAGUUCAAGACAGGCCUUUUUGUCUCUGCUGCGAUAUAUACGAGUAUCCUUCUUUUGCCGCGUUUUCGCAUAUACACAACGGCUGCGCCCUGCAUCCCUUAACGUGGAGGAAACCGUCCGAGAAUCUCCAAGUCGGCAGUGCUACGCGCGACUCCUCCAAAAUCACAGUAUCAACUGCACAACAUCGAUCCGGGGGUGGUAGAGUUGAAUUGGGGAGCAUGUCAGCUGCAAGUACACCGAGGAGGAAGCCCACUUAUCCAGGCUCCCUCACGGACCUGCACAGAUUCAGAAAAACCGCCCACGGUCACGAUGGCUCCAGCAGGAUUGUGAUGGUAAGAAAGACUGAUCAAAGGACCUUUGCUUCCAUUCAAAACGGACAGGAACCAAAAUUGGAAACAAUCACACGAGAGACAAUCGAAACAUUCAGAGGUGAAAGAACGGAAUGCAAAAUCACCACUGAAAAAAAGGAUACAGAAGAAAAGUGCCCUCAAGAUAUCAUAGAAGCUCUAACUCAUAGAGAAGCUAAAAAUAGCAAAAAGCCUAACGUUAAGAAAAAAAAUACAAAAAUGGACUUUCAGCACGAGUGCCUUCAAGCCCACAACGAGUACAGGCUCAGACACGGCGUCCCACCGUUAAAAUUAAACAAAGAAAUGUGCAAAGUGAGCCAAGAUUGGGCCAACAACCUUAUCAAAAAAAGCGUUUUGCAACACAGCAACAACCGAGAUUACGGAGAAAAUUUGUUUUGUAUUCAAUCCAGCAAUCCGAAUUUCACUAUUAAUGGUACAAAAGCCGUAGAAAAUUGGUAUGAAGAGAUCAAAUGCCACAAAUUUGGUGUAGAACCCAAUAGUUUAUCGUCUGGUCAUUUUACACAGGUGGUGUGGAAAGAUUCAAAAGAACUGGGAGUAGCUUUCGCCAAAUCUGGCGGGAAAAUAAUAGUAGUAGCCAACUAUUAUCCAGCCGGAAACAUAAUAGGCCAUUUUGCGGAAAACGUACCACCUCUGGGAGGCUUCCAGACCAACAACAAUCACAUAGAUCUGUCUAGCGAUAUUGAAAAACUAUCUUUAAGCGUACCUAGAUCGCCGAGCCAAAAAUUGCACCAAAACGUCACCGAAGGAAACUUCGAAGAGGACUUUUUAGAAGCGCAUAAUUCGUAUAGGAGAAGACAUGGUGUAGCACCGUUACAAUUAGAUAAGAAGUUAUGUAAAUACAGCCAGGAAUGGGCUUCGUAUCUAGCUCAAAAGAAUAUCUUGGAGCACAGACCUGGUAGUAAUUAUGGGGAGAACAUUUAUUGCCUGUACUCAUCAGAUCCUAAUUUCACCAUCAACGGGCAUUCUCCUGUGGAUACGUGGUACGAAGAAGUUUCUCAGCAUCCGUUCGGUAAAGAGCCAAGCAAUCUCAAGUCCGGUCACUUUUCUCAAGUCAUCUGGAAAUCCAGUGAAUUCCUUGGAGUCGGCGUAGCCAAAAACUCUCAAGGAAGUAUCUACGUCGUUGCUAACUAUUCACCGGCUGGUAACUUCGUUGGACACUACGUCGAAAAUGUCCCUCCUGUCAAACCGGCGUUUUACAGUCAGCAGUUACCUAAGAAAAUGGCAAGCAGUCCAGGAUCGUCAGAUAAAUCGCCUGUAGCCGGUACGUCACAAGGGACCUUCGAUCAGUUUGCUAUAGACGCUUUGAAAGUUCAUAACGAGUACAGGAGGAAGCAUGGAGUACCGGAUCUAAUGCUAAGUGAAGAGCUUUGCAAGUAUGCCCAAGAAUGGGCAGACACAUGCGCAAAAACAGCCAGUCUACAGCACAGAGCAAACUCAAAUUACGGUGAAAAUAUUUUCUGCGUUUAUUCAUCAGAUUACAGCCACACUCCUAGCGCAAGGGACGCAAUAAAAGAAUGGUACGACGAAUCUAAACGACAUAGCUAUGGGGUGGAGAAAGUAAAUAUGGCGACGCUGCAUUUUACACAAGUCGUUUGGAAGGCUAGUAGAGAAGUGGGAGUAGGUAUGGCCAAAAAUAAAAAAGGACAAACGUACGUGGUUGCCAACUAUAAUCCAAGAGGCAACUGCAUUGGAAAAUUCGUAGAAAACGUGCCUAGACCUAAAUCUUGACGACUGAAGAGUCCCAAAAAAGUGCAUUUCACUUUAUAAUAUUCCAUAUUUUUUAUACGCCAAAGAAUAAUCUUAGAGUUAAACUUAUGCUUUAUGCAAAAAGCAUUUCCAUUUACAUAUUAUUUUAUUUGUUUUUUAGAAUUUCGCAUUUAUUUAAACACAUUCGGGGAUAAAAUUGUCAAAUAUUUAACUAUAUGUCUAUUUAAAAAAUGUCCUUCCUAUUUGUGAUAAUUGAUCGUUUAAAAUAUUUCAUAAAUUUUCUCCACGAUAGUGUACUGAUAUUCUAUUUCUUGGUAUAUAUUGCCUAUUUAAACAAAAUAUUACCAGUAUUAUGACUUAUAGUAAAAAUAUACAUCUAGCGUUAAUAUAUCAUCCUUCCCUUAUCGAAUUUUUUCGAAAAAUCGAGCUCGAAUUUUUAAAUUUGUAAUUCAAAAAACGUACUGAAAAUGAAAACGGAAAGUGAUUUAAUGGAUUAAGACUGUUUUGGUACUUAUUACAAUCUAGAAACGUAUCUGUGAGUGAUUGUCUAAUGUAAAUAUAAAUUUUUUUGUACCUACGUUUUCGUGCAGUAGUAAAAAAACAGUAAACCUAAGUAUUGCAAAUAAAGAACGCACCAAGUACUUACAUUUCGGUCAUCAGGGUUUCAAGAUCUUUCAAAUGAUGUGUAACAUGAACUUUAUAGUCAAUAAAAUAAUUCAAGAUAGCGUCACUUGUGAAAAAUAGCACUAAUUUGUGCGCAAAUAAUACAUAAUUUAACUUUCCUCCCUUACUAUGUAUAUUUAGUAAAUAAAUUACACUCAAAAGAUUUUUAUAUUAAAUUACUUGAUUGAUUUUUUAUAUCAAGCAUAAAUAUGAUUUAAAAUAGUUAUUUCUGAGGUUGUACCAAUUUCAUGGCCGUCAUAAAAAAGGCCUAAAUCGUCCUUAUAGGUACUUACCCUUUAAAAUAUUAUCAAUUUUCUAUUAGUGAUGCGUUCUUUUUCGAAUAUACACCACAAACAGGUGCCCCUUUAUUCAAUUACAUGGAGAUAAAUAAUAUUAAUCAGUAAUGGAAUAGAUUUUUUGAAAAGAAAUUUUAUAUUUACCUUUUAUUCUCUGUCAUUAAAAUCCGUAGGUAAUUGGGGACAAAUCCUCUAUUAUAAUUAUAUACAGCACCCAGCCAAAGAUUAGUAAUUACACCAAAAAAUAUAAUACCUAUAUAAACCUAAAAAUUGUCAAUUUUAACCAUAACCU